AAAAAUUUGAGUUUGGAAAAUAAAGAGAGUUUUGCAAGUUUAAACUCUACUGGACAGACAGCACCUCCGUUUUUUUCCCCUCACAAAAAUAUAUGGCAUAAAGCCGCAGAUAAGAGCUCUAAAAAUUCCUACAUAUACAAGAACAAAAAUUUUAUUACUAAAGACACUCCCAUUAAAUAUCGGGAACCUUGCAUUCCUACUGGUAAAACACCGCCUAGGAAAGUGUGAAAUUUUGUCAGGUUUAAAGGCAAAGAAAUAUUUUACGGGGAUAUUACGAAUAAAUAAAAACAGUUUUCAAGAGGCUUACUUAUCUUCUCCGAGUUUCGACAAAGACCUGUUUGUAGAGGGUCUGAAAAGUAGAAAUCGCGCACUUAACGGAGAUGUUGUCUAUUUUGAAGUUCUUCCUCGGGAUCAGUGGAAAAUUUUGAAUCGGGACUUUACCGCAUCUUUAAAAAUUAGUGGAAGUUAUACUCCAAAAGUUUUAAGUUUAGACCCUUCUGAUUAUGAGGAUGCAUUCUUGCGCAAAACGGCUUCUGUUGUAGGCAUCUAUAAAAAGGUUCACCCUCGCACCACUAUUGGUUACUUUAAAGAGGGCAAAAAGCGUUAUAUGUUGUAUUCUACCGAUAAGCGGGUGCCUAGAAUUUUUAUUAAUCACUCCUCGCUAUGGAAAGAAUUACUAGACGAGCAGGGUCAUCAUCUUAAAAAGGCUUACUUCAAUAAUUAUCUCUUUUUAGUGGAGAUUGUCUUCUGGAAUACCGACUCUCUUUUUCCCUCAGGAAAAGUCGUUAAGAUGUUAGGACGAGGCUGCUGCAUAGAGACAGAAACAGAAGCCCUAAAGCUGGACUAUUCCGUCCCUUCCGAAGUCUGGGAUGCGGGUGUUACCGCCUGCCUGCCUUGCCUCCCUUGGACUAUACCAGCCUCCGAAUAUCAGCUUCGAGAGGACCUCCGGAAAGACUGCAUCUUUACCGUCGAUCCCGCAACCGCUCGUGAUUUGGACGACGCACUUUCCAUAACUGAGACUCCCGACGGCUGUUGCAUCGUGGGUGUGCACAUUGCCGAUGUCUCUUACUUUGUAACUCCUGACACGCCUCUCGACUUGGAGGCCCGCCAUCGGGCAUGUACUGUUUAUUUAGUCCAGCAAUCCUUCUGUAUGCUUCCCCGGCUGCUCAGCGAGGAUGUGUGCUCCUUACUGCCGGGAAGGGACAGGCUGGCCGUUUCCCUCUUCUGGAAAUUGAACGCGCAAGCCGAGGUACUCGCUCAUUGGUCCCGGCGUUCAGUCGUGCACUCGUGCUGCCAGUUGUCUUACGACGAUGCUCAGAUGAUUAUCGAUUUAAAGACCGACGCGCCUCUCAGGGGCAGAGUUACACAUGGAGAGCAUACUCUGGAGCAAAUUGCAGCGUCUAUAAUUAAACUGAAUGCUUUGGCUGCCCACCUUCAAGCGCAGCGCAUAAAGAACGGUUCUUUGCACCUGGAUUUCCCUAAACUGGAUUUUGAGCUAGACAAACUUGGUCACCCCGUUUCCGUGCAGCGCCACGAAACGUGUGCUGCUCGUUGCAUGGUCAGCGAGUUUAUGAUCUUGGCCAACGCUACCGUAGCAAAUAUUCUAAGGGACAACUUCCCCGAUCAGGCAUUCUUACGGGCUCACAGCGCUCCGGAAGACGGCAGAUUGUGUAAAGUGGCGUCCUUUUUAGAAAAUUACAACAUUCACAUCGACGGAACAUCAUCCGCCUCCCUCCUUUCGUCCCUAGACUGUCUGCAAAAGCGAGUGGGGAGCGACCUAGACUCAGCCGAGCUUGACUUGGUUAUAUAUUACCUAAUCAAACCGAUGCAAACUGCCAGAUACGUCUGCCCCGAGGCUGAAUAUUACAGGGAGCUAAAAGCGAGAGCUUAUAAAGUUUGGGCCACUCGUGACCAAGAAGGCCCGCCCCACGAGAAUUGGUUCGACUUCUUCACCGAUUCGUGGGGCGACCAACACAUUCAAGCCCUUGUGGAUUACCUGGCCAAGCAUGGUGUACGUUGCACCAGCGAACCAAUGACAGCCGAAUUGCUGCGACACUAUUCGCUUGCUCUGCCCAUGUACACUCACUUCACUUCUCCCAUUCGGCGGUAUGCGGAUAUCAUCACGCAUCGGAUGCUUCUUUCUGCCACUGAGGGAACCGACUUUGGUAUUUCCACAUGCGAGCUUAGCAAACUCGCCGAGCACUGCAACCGCCGGCGACUUUUAGUCAGCGAUGCUCAACUCCAGAGCAACCGAGUCUUCCUUGGAGCAUUUAUAGCUCGACGGGGCCCGCUUAGAGUGAACGGCAUAGUGGCGAGCAUCUAUGAUAAAUCCUUUGAUGUUUUUAUUCCCGCUUAUGGCCUGGAAAGUCGCGUGAACAUUUGUGAGAUUCCUCAUUUGCUUUCCAGUGAGUUGAAAGAUGGUUAUUUACUUUUUACUUGGAAAUCUGGCUCUUCCGGCUUUAUUCUUUUGGAAAGUAUUAACUUGAAACGCGUCAGCGAAAUUCUGAAUAAGAAGUUUGGGUUCUGCGACGUCUCCCAGGAUGGCCCGGUGCAGACUAUCAUACCCUUCACACAACUGCAGCUUGAGUGCUCCUGCGACUUAUCCAAGCCGCAUAUGGAUAUAAACGUAAUUCCUGUGGUGCAAAGGCAGGAGCACGCAUGACACCCACGGGGAAUGUGGUUUUUAACGUAAUUAAUUAAAAAUGUUGAUAUUAUCCCCUUGAAAU